AUGGAUCAUCUGAAGCCUCCUUCCAUGGCCAUCUCGGCGGCGCCAGACACGUCGAACCCUCAUGCCUUCACCUGCAAGCUCCCGCACUUGAUCUAUGCGCUCACCUUCUCCCUGAUCAUUCCCGUCAUCGUGUUCGACAGCUUCCUCAAGGACCUCCACAACCGUGUCUCCCUCCUCUCCUUCGACCCUGUCCACCCCUCUGCAGCCUCCUUUCACGCCCUCCUCGGGCUAUCCUUUGACCACUCUUACCCAGCCACCAAGCUCCAUCUCAACCCCGAGCCGCCGCCCCACCCCCUCCUUGCAUCCUCCUCCGACGUGCUCUGCCUUUGA